CUGCUAUGUUAUUAUUAACCUAACCUAAAAAUUUUAUUCUUAAAGCACUUAAAGUAAAAAAAGGUAAAAAAGACAUAACUUUUAUACAAAUUUAAAUAAAAGUCAGGAAUUGCUCAUAAUUAAAAGAUUUAAUUGGAGAAAAAUUUUUGAAACAAAAAAACUUGAUUGAUAAAAAAGUAAUUGUAAUUACGGAAAGAUUAUUCUCUACUUUUCACAAUGAAUCGACCUUUGCGGGCAUUUAAGCACAUGAUGAGAAAUUAUUUAAAACCAAAUGAAGUGUCACCUCCAUAUUUUCACGUUUGUCAAAUCGGAGAUCCAGUUCUUCGACAACCAACAGAACGAGUAGCACCAGAAACAAUUCCUUCGAAAGAAAUUCAAUAUAUAAUUAAAGUUUUAGUAAAAACUAUGAGAUUAUACGAUGCUUGUGGUCUAUCUGCGCCACAAAUUGGUGUUCCUUUGCAAAUAUUUGCUGCUGAAAUUACUGAAAGACAAUCUAGAAUUGCUGGUCCAACGAGAAGGAAAACACAUAAAAUCGAAGCAUUUCCAUUGAAAAUUUUUAUUAAUCCCGAAAUAAAAGUUAUUGAUCACAGUAAAAUUAUGUGUCCUGAAGGAUGUGUGAGCACAGCACUUUUCGUGGCGGAUGUUCCACGUUUUAAGGAAGUUUUAAUAACGGGUUUAGAUCCUUCUGGAGAAACUGUAUCUUGGCAAGCAAAAGAUUGGACGGCUAGAAUCAUUCAACACGAAGUGGAUCAUUUAAAAGGACACUUAUAUACGGACAAAAUGGAUCCAACGACAUUGACCAUGGAAGCUUGGCAACAAGUAAAUAAUACCAGAGGAAGACUGAAAAUUUCACUAUUACCAUAAAUCAAAAAUUAACAAAUUGAAGAGAUUUUUAAUAAGGAUUCAUGGUUAGUGCGGGAAUAUUUAAGAAAGAAUUGUACAAACAUACAUUUAUCUUCAUUUACGUACACGGAGUUAUACAAUUUCUUAACGCUAUUAAUUUUUUUUUAUACAUUCAUUUAUACAUAUACGUAUUUAGAAAGCGUUUGGUUUUCCCAGAGUAUUUUCGCUCCACAAUAUUAGCUGAGAAUUUAUAUCCAAGUCAGUAUCAAAUAUGAAUUUUCAUAAUAUAUCAGAAAAUGUCUUCUAAUUUUCUAUAUAUAUAA